UGGGUUGAGUUUCCUGUGCAAAAGAGGUCAGCUGUUACCCAUCCUUCUUUUUUUCCCUCUCUCUUUCUCUCCCUCCCCCUUUCUGUCUCAGUUCCCCCCCCCUUUUUUUUUCCUCCUCUUCCUACCCCUUUCCCCCUCCCCUGCCGGAUCUCGCUGCGGUGCAAGACCUUCAUCUCGGGGGCUUCCCCCCCCCGCACGCACACCCUCGCCCUCUCUCUCAAUCUCUCUUUCCUCUCGGGCUCCCUGGUGCCUCUCGGAUCCUCUGGAUUAACGCACAGUGAUGUAUAAUUCACAGGAUGCCCAGCAGUAUUGGAAAAAGAUUUAAACCGACGAAAUACAUUCCCGUCUCUACUGCAGCCGCCUUAUUAGUGGGAUCAACUUCGCUCUUUUUCGUAUUCACGUGUCCGUGGUUGACCAGAGCCAUCUCCCCAGCUGUUCCCCUCUACAAUGGGCUCGUAUUCCUGUUUGUUCUUGCAAACUUCAGCAUGGCCACAUUUAUGGACCCAGGGGUCUUCCCACGAGCUGACGAAGACGAGGAUAAAGAUGACGACUUCCGAGCUCCACUGUACAAGAACGUGGAGAUCAAAGGAAUCCAAGUUCGGAUGAAAUGGUGUGCCACCUGCCACUUUUAUCGCCCCCCACGCUGCUCCCAUUGCAGCGUUUGUGACAACUGUGUUGAGGAUUUUGAUCAUCACUGCCCUUGGGUCAAUAACUGUAUCGGACGGCGAAACUACCGCUAUUUUUUCCUGUUCUUGCUGUCUUUAAGCGCCCACAUGGUUGGUGUGUUCACCUUCGGGCUUAUCUAUGUCUUACACCAUGCUGAAAAAGUGGGUGUGGCCCACACUGCCAUUACGAUGACAGUCAUGUGUAUCGCUGGGUUGUUCUUCAUCCCAGUGAUUGGCUUGACUGCCUUCCACAUUGUUUUGGUGGCCCGAGGACGCACAACCAACGAACAGGUGACGGGUAAAUUCCGUGGGGGAGUCAAUCCUUUUACUCAAGGAUGCUGUGGGAAUGUGGAACAUGUCCUCUGCAGCCCCCUGGCUCCUAGGUAUAUUGUGGAUCCGAAAAAGAAGGAGUUGGUAAGCAUGAAGCCACCGUUCCUGAGACCAGAUCUAACGGAGCGACAGAUCACUGUCAAAAUAAGUGACAAUGGUGUUCAAGUCAACCUCAACCAGAGCAAGUCUAAAAUUAGCCUAGAAGGGCUGGAAGAUAAAACCAUGGAUAUUCAACCGCCUCUCCCGCCAAAAGGAGACUCCAGUAAAUACAGUGAACUGGGAAGCAGUGACGAGAGCAGCCUUUCGCCCAAACUGAUCAGCCCUCCCACACCUGCCAUGUACAAAUAUCGCCCUGCUUUCAGCAACAACUCUAAAGUCCAUUACCAUGGAACAUCUGACCAGAUCUCCAUUCAAGAAGGGCUCAGGCAAAGCUCCAUGGCCGACGAGAAUGACAGCAGCUUGGAUUAUCAGUUGGACCCCAGCCUGGAGCUCCCCAACUAUCGCAAGAGCUCCCUUCACAAGACAUACCAGUCUUCUCCACUACAGAUCGAUUCUCUUGCUGCCAACUCAAGAUCCCUAAGUCUGAAAACUGCUGGCCGGAGAGGCACCGACAAAAUGCCCCUCCCUCCUAUGAAAUCAGAAGGGGCUACCUCCACCCCCUACAAAAGCAUCUUUUCCCCCAAUUCUCUCUCAAACAGGAACGGGAGCUUAUCGUACGACAGUUUGCUCAACCCCAUUUCCCCUUCAGGGAAGCGGUGCAUCACACAUUCGGCGGUGGGCUCUGUCGGGUACCACUCGCCAUAUUUGUCCGCCAAAAUGUGCCAUCUGCGGGGCCGAGAACUCCAGCGCCCACCUCCGCAGAGCUUUAGCCCCGGGCAGGGUGGCCCGACCCCGCAUCCGCGAGAUCCCUCCCCGGUCCGCUAUGACAACCUGUCGAAAACCAUUAUGGCAUCCAUCCAAGAGAGGAAAGAAAUGGAGGAGAGAGAGAAGUUCCUUCACUCUCACCCAGACUCCGUGUUUGCAGAUUCAGGGGUGUAUGAUACCCCGAGUUCUUACAGCCUUCAGCAAGUCAGCCUGCUGUCGGACGAUCCCCGUAGUUUAGUGAUGAGAUACAGUUCCAGAGACAAUCUGAUAACCAGCAGCAGCUUUAGUGCGAGGAACCCGGCUUUGCAGGCCUCUGUGUCUUCACUCUCGAGUGUGAUGACUCGAGUGUCAAGGACUUCCACACCUUCUCUCCAAGCAGACCUAGCCAAUAACAAUAUCCAAGCCCAUCAAGCACUGCAGGGCAGGAUGAGUAAUGGCUCCUACAAAUCGCCAAGCCACCAAGUCCCUUCAUCUCCAGGUGGGAUCCCAAGAUCUCCCUCGUAUGGGGCUCCAAAAUCUGUCUCCUUUGUUAACACGGUGGAGAUAACGGAGGCCCAAUCCAUGGGGACUCCAAGGGAGGAUAUCCAGCUGAAAACUCCUCACAGUAAAAUUAACGGACAGCCAAAGGGAAUUUCCAGAGUAGAGUGUCGGCUAGGCUCAACUUCUAGUGUCCAGGGUCCUCCCGUGAGUCCAGCUAGACACUCAAACGUUAAGAAAGUCUCCGGGGUGGGUGGAACAACCUAUGAAAUUUCAGUGUAAAAAAAAAGAAGAGGAGGAGGAGGAAGAACAUGGUAAAAGAAGAGCUACCUGCAAACUCGUCUGUGGAGCUACAUACACUGUGAAGAUCCAACAGGAAAAGGAAAACAUCUGAUGGUGCCUGCCCUGUUUUAGUUCAUGGCUGGAUUUUUUUUUCCAACAGUUUUGAAAAGUCCGACAAACGUCCCCCUCUGCCGGCCAAGGCCAACUGCAGCCUUAUUCUUCAAAGAAUGGUGCACUUCAUACAGCUCGUUGGGUACUUCCUUGAAAAACUGACCCGCCCACCAACUGGCAACGCCAGCUGUGUAGAACAAUGGCAAAACCAUUGUGCGUUUGUCUCUGUCCAUUCAAUCCUGUCCUUAGACCUUGUCGCACUGUGGUUGAAAAUCCACUUACAGGGUCUUAGUGUUUUCCCUUCCACCCCUGCUUCAAGCCUCUAGGCUGGAUGAAGCCCAAGAUGAAGGAGGAAUGGAAUUCAAGAUGAAGGAGGAAUGGAACCCAACCAGCUUCUGGGUUUCUCUUUUCAGCCUAUCAGUGGUCGAUAUAAAUCAACUCGGAGGGGCUGCAUUUGAAGCAAGCAAGCAAGCAAGCAAGCAAGCGCUACCUAAUUCGUAGUCUUCUGGGUCCACAACUGUUUCCUUAUCUAUGGUGGGCUUCUUAAUUCAUUUCAGGAGUGGGAGAAGGGAAUGAGAUUUGUGCACCCAUGCUUUGAGGCAGACAUACAUCUCUUUCUCCUGUUGGGAUGAAUGGGAAGUUCAUGUGCACGUGGAAACUGGGCACAUCCCUACAUGCAAGAGAACACUAAGCAUCAUGCACCAAAGGAAGGCUGAUGACUACCACUCGGCCUCUUGAGUCUUAUUCAGUCUCUUAGAUCCCAUCCUUUGGGCCAAGGGAAGAAAUGGGGCCAUUUUCUGGCCACCUUCUUACCGUUUGCCGAGGCAUCUGAAAACGACAAGGUGCACAUGAAGAAUGUCUCUUUCAUGCCAUAGGACUCUUGCACAAAUAAGGAACUUCCGUUUUUCCUCGGACUAUUAUAGGUGGGUUUUCAAACAAUACCAGUAACCCUGUCCUGCUUUU